AUGUCUGCACCCUCCAAGCAGUUGGUAGUUCCGGCACCUCGGGACCAGCCACACUUGCAGAAGAAAUUUUACACCGACUGUUGCCAUCGGAUCAACGAUAAUGAAGCCGAAAGGCAGAGGUCUCCAAUCAGGAUCAAUGCUAGGUUGAGAGACUCGCGAAUGAGGGCUCUGGGAAGCAAGUCGCCCAUUCGGAAGACGGACCGUCUGUACUCUGCUGAUGAUCUGUACACGAUUCGACAGAGAGAAGAUGAGCCUCUACGGGAAUACGCUGCACGUUUCAGCCAUGAAUACUCGAGGUGUCCGGAAACGGACGACAGGGCAGCCUACGGUGCCUUCAAGAUUGGCCUUCGGUCCUCACAUUUUUGGUACCUCGUGCACAGUAGCAACUGGCGCACCUAUGACGAACUGAUGAAGCAAGUGGUAAUUCACGCUAAGGCUGAGUAUUUCAACUUCAAGUCCAGGCCUUCGGCUUGGCAGGAGGAACUAGCACUGAAAGGCUAUCCCAGGCAAGGAUCACCGUAUGCCGCUAGAAGAACUAACGAAUCCUCGGCAGGGCACAAACGGAAAGACGACCGUGAUAAUCGGCAGGGGAGUUCAAAGAAAGGACGAGGAAAAUACAAUCGAAAUGACCACCGCGCGCCCCUACUCAAUCACGACCGCACUCAGGAAGUCUUUACCCUGCAGAAUACUACUUAUGAGGCUGUCAUGAUGAACGAGAACGAGAUAAUACCCAAGCCAAAUCAUCGAAAGCCCAAUCUGCAGGACAAUCGGGACACCGGCAAAUUCUGCCGAUACCACAAGCACAGCAGCCACAAUAUUGAGGAAUGCAUAAGCUUGAGGAAGAUCGUUGAACGCUUGAUUCGGGAAGGAAAGCUGGAUCAGUACAUUGCUAGAUCACCGCAAGCACCUGUCCCGAACGCGAACCGACAAAUCAACAUGAUCAGCACCAUCAGCGGAGGCCUCACUCUAGAGGGACCAUCUAACCGAUCGGUAAAGCAAUAUGUACGUGUCGCGCACUAUCCUCAAGUUUUCAGCAUAGAAGCCGAUCAGCAUCGUAAGUUUCUGAACGUAGGAUGGGAGCCCAUCAUGUUUCGUGAAGAGGGGGAGGAAAGGAUCACUUACCCCCACGAUGACCCGAUGAUCUUCCGAGCUCAAAUCGCCGACUGCGAUGUAAGGCGGGUACUGAUCGAUACUGGAAGCUCGAUAAAUGUAAUUUUUGCUGAUGAUUUCAGAGGAAUGGGAAUUGCCGAUAGCCAAGUCAAUCGGCAGAUAACUCCCCUACUUAGCUUUUUCGAGGAUUUGGUCAGGCCAGUCGGUAGUAUCAGUCUACCUAUCACCUUCGGCGUUGCCACCCGGAAACAAUGA